AUGUCUGAGCGAAAACCCGUUCUCAAGAAUGCGGAUGUGUCAGGGGACAUGCAGCAAGCUGCUGUGGGUUGUUCCGCCCAAGCCUUGGAGCAAUGCGACAUUGAAAAAGAGAAUGCUGCCUUCAACAAGAGAGAGAGAGAGAGAGAGUUCGACAAAAAGUGUCACCCUUGCACUGGCAUACUGCAUUGUUGGCCGCAACAAGAGAAAGAGAGUUCGACAAAAAGUGAUCAUGCAUUUGUAUGAAGCCUUAUCACAACUUUUAAAUUGCUAUUUUGAUAACAUUUCCAUUUUUCCCCCCACAAAAAAAAAAGAGAAAGAAACCACGCACAAAAUAGUGCGUUCAUACACAAAUUUGACGCGAAAUUUGAAGCUAUUUUGAUCGUGUGAACUGGCGCUAAACGGCAAUGCAUUGUUGGUCGUAACUUUGGCGGCUACGUUACCCGUGUAACGAAACACUUCAUCUCCUUCUAC